AUGAUAUCUACAGACCUAUCGAAAGCCUUUGAUUCGAUCAACCACAAAGGCCUGAUCAAAAAACUUCAGGAUAAAGACGUUCCUAACAAUGUCAUCAAAAUAAUUGAGAACUACUUAGAAGAAAGAAACCUGAGGGGUAGAUUCAGAACUACUAAUACCAGAGACAAACCGAUACCUCACGGCGUGCCCCAAGGCUCGAUCCUAGGGCCGGUAAUCUUCAACAUGUAUGUUCAUGACAUCUGGGAUAUACAAGACAACAUCAGAGGACUUAAGCUCUCACAGUACGCGGAUGAUCUCUGUAUUCUCAACAGAGCCUCGAAUCCAGAUCAUGCGACUAUGCGCGCCGAAUGGGCGGCUGAAAUAAUCAUUGACUACUACACGAGAUGGGGGCUUAAGUGUAACAUAGAGAAAACAGAAUGUAUCAUGUUCUCUAAAAAGAAAAAAUACCGACCUACAGUGAAACUGAAACAACAAACGUUGCGCUAUCAAAAACAGAUCAGAUAUCUCGGUGUUAUUUUCGAUAAACACAUGAAAAUGAACCAGCACACCGAAAAGGUCAUCAAAAAACUAAAACAAGUCAGAGGAGCCCUCGGCCCAAUAAUAGGAUACAAUGCGAAGACCGAACUAGACACUAAACUGGCCAUCAUACAGGCCUGUAUCUUACCGCUGAUGGACUACGGAGUAGUGCAACUUCUCUCUAGGUAUAGCGCAACAAACCUAAGUAAAAUU